AUGACCCUCACCUCUUCCACUCGAAUUGUGACAGAGCGUCGCCUGCCUACACCACCCAUAGACGGCCAGCCGCCGUCUGCUCCACGGAUAUACCCUGCUCCAGACUUUCCUUUCCGAGGCUGGCAACCUCCACAGCCCGAAGGCUACCAACAGAGUGCCUCAUCGCCUUCCGAGACCGCGAUAGUCAUUGACAAUGGUGCAAGCACAAUCAAAGCCGGCUUUUCCUUUGACCAAAACCCACGUUUUAUGAUACCUCCUCUUGUCGCAAAGUACAAAGACCGCAAGUACAAUAAAUACUGUGCAUUCGUCGGCUACGAUGCAUUCGCGGAUGCCACAACCCGCGGACAGAUAAGAACUGCCUUCGAACAACAUACAAGCAUCACCACCAACUGGGAUAUCAUGGAGGCUAUAUACGACUAUCUUUUCUUGAAGCUAGGAGUGGACAGUGAGGGAAGCGUGGACCGCCCGCUCGUCGUCACCGAGCCAGUUGCAAACUUGGCCCACAGCAGGAGAAUGAUGAAUGAGAUGCUUUUCGACUGCUAUGGGGUUCCUAGUGUGACUUAUGGAAUUGACAGCCUCUUUUCGUAUCGGCAAAACAAAGGCGACUCGGGUCUGAUUGUCUCUUCCUCUCACACGUCCACCCACAUCAUACCAAUGUUGAACAAGAAGCCCCAGAUGCAAUCUUGCGCCCGACUGAACUGGGGAGGUUCCCAGGCACAAGAAUUCUUGCUGAAACUCCUACGUCUCAAGUAUCCAAUGUUCCCGGGAAAGCUCACAAACGAGCAGAUGGAGACAUACAUCAAGCAAUACUGCUAUCUGUCCAACGACUUCCAGACGGAGAUAUCCGGUUAUCUAGACUGGUCCGGCCUCGAGGAAGAGCGAGACAUCAUUGUGCAAUACCCUUUUACCGAACAGGUUGUGAUUGAGAAAUCACCCGAAGAGCUUGCCAGAAUUGCAGAGAGGAAAAAGGAAUCGGGGCGUCGUUUACAGGAACAGGCUGCAAAGAUGCGACUCGAGAAACUAAUGAAGAAGGAGCAAGACCUAGAAUAUUACCUGCAGCUACACACUUCCUUCGUCGACGCGCCCACGAAGAAAGAACAACGCCGGAUCCUCGACGACGCCGAGUUCAAGGACGAGGCUGCAAUGGAACGAAUCAUAAGAGACCUCGAAAAAUCUAUCAGAAAAUCCCGCAACAAAGAUUUAGGUGCCCCGGAGGAAGAGGAGAAACUUGAGGAGCAACUCAACAAGUUUCCGCUUCUCGAUGUACCAGAUGAUCAGCUGGACGAGGAUGGCAUCAAGGAGAAACGACACCAACGGCUGAUGAAAUCUGGUGUCGAGGCAAGAAUCAGGGCCAAAGCUGAAAAAGAGGCCGAAAGGGCACGAGAAGCGGAACGACAGCGAUUGGACGUUGAAAUCCGCGAGAAUCGGUUUGAUGACUGGCUUGCUGCACGCAGAGAGCAGCAUGAAUCCCUCCUGGCCAAGAUAAAAGAACAGGCGAGACAAAAGGCCGAUUCGGGCAACCGAAAAGGCAUGGCCUCUCAAAUGCGAAUGAAAACCCUCGCCAAUCUCGCCUCCGACGGCCCCAAGCGGAAAAGACGAGGUGGAGGGGAAUACGAUGAUGACUUCGGAGCAAAUGAUGAUGAUUGGGGUGUUUACAGAACCGUCGCCACAGACCCUGCCAGUGAUGAUGAAGAGCCAGAGGAAGACCCCAUGGCUGCUUUGAAAGCAGUCGAAAGCGAACUGCUCCAGUAUGACCCCAACUUUGAGGAGAAAGAUACACUAGAAGCACAGAACGAUUGGACCAAGAGCGUCCUCCACGCAUUUCUGCGCGGUGCCCGACCCUCUGAUCCAGAGAGUCAGCGGGAGGCAAAUCAAAUCCACCUCAAUGUUGAACGAAUCCGAGUCCCUGAAGUUGUGUUUCAGCCAGCUAUUGCAGGUGUGGAUCAAGCAGGUCUCGUCGAGAUCAUUGAAGGCAUUGUCAUGGGGCGGUUUUCCGAUCCCAAUCAACAACGAGCUCUUUUGAAAGACGUCUUCUUGACUGGCGGGAAUACCAUGUUCACAUCAUUUGAAGAACGGCUCAAGCGGGAACUGAUCGCGACCGUGCCUGCGGACUUUACGGUCAAUGUGAGAAAAGCCACCAACCCGAUACUGGAUGCUUGGAAAGGUGCCGCAUCCUGGUGGAGCGCUGGUGCUGGAGAGCGAAGUGAGCGAGAUGCGGCAACCAUCACCCGCGCAGAAUAUCUGGAAAAAGGAAGUGAUUACAUGAAGGUAUGUAGGCAGUCCAGAGCCCGACUCGAUGCACAGCCACUAAUCUUCAGUAGGAACAUGACUUGGGAAAUUGCGCUACUUACUCAUACUCUUGAGUGCACAAGAUGA